GGGUCGGACAUUAGGAUGAAGCCCCCCUCGGGAUGAGCGGUGUUGGACACCGACAACCCGAGGGGUGGAUGAUGGGGGUGGUGUCACCAUCCCUGCCCACGUUCCAGAACUCGGAGCUCCGUUACCUGCGGACCAGGCGGGGCUGUGCCGCCCCCCGUUACAUAACAACACAAACCCCACCGGCCGCACCGGGCGUUGCGCUCCCCACGGCCGCAGUGUUUACAGCCGCUCGGCGCACACCAUUCCGCAGGGGGAGCGGCCGGCCGUGCCCUCACUGCUCUCAUCCCCCCCGCACCGAGCAGCCCGGCGGGCAGCACUAGCGGCCUCACCACCCUUAUCACCCCUCCAUCCCCGGUUCUCCUCCUCCGUUCCCUCUCGGUACGAUGCUCACGUCCCGUCUCCGUCACUCCAUCCCCCCCCGUAAUGUUGAUGGUACGAUCCGACGCCCCGCGAUUGGCCGAGCGCUUAAAGGGGCCGGCAGGGCGCGCUUUUCCGCCCUGUGUCGCUCGGUGCCGCUCCCCCCGUCCCGCUCGGCGCUGCCCGGCCCGGCUCCACGCGGGGACCGGCGGACGGGGGGGGGCUGGGAGCGGGGCUGCCCCCACCGCGCUGCUAUGGAGACGGCGGACGGAGGCCGCAAACGGACACAAAGGGCGGCGAGGAGGCGGCGCGGCCCCAUGGCGGAGGAAGAGGAGGAGGAGGCUGCGGCGGUGGUGGUGGGCCCGGGGUCGGGCUGUAGCGGUGCGGGGGUCCCUCGGUACCGGCUGUUGGCAGAGAUAGGCCGCGGGGCCUAUGGUGUGGUGUACGAGGCGGUGUCGAGCCGCAGCGGAGCUCGGUUGGCGGUGAAGAGGAUCCGUUGCGACGCCCCCGAGAACGUGGAGCUGGCGCUGGCCGAGUUCUGGGCGCUGACCAGCCUGAGGAGGCAGCACCCCAACGUGGUGCGGUUCGAGGAGUGUGUGCUGCAGCGGCACGGCCUGGGGCAGCGCAUGAGCCACGGCAACAAGCGCAGCCAGCUCUACCUGCGGCUGGUGGAGACCUCCCUCAAAGGUGAGAGGAUCCUGGGCUACGCGGAGGAGCCUUGCUACCUCUGGUUCGUCAUGGAGUUCUGUGAAGGGGGGGACCUCAACCAGUACGUGCUGUCACGACGACCUGACCCUGCGACCAACAGAAGCUUCAUGCUGCAGCUCACCAGCGCCAUCGCCUUCCUGCACAAGAACCACAUCGUCCAUCGGGACCUGAAGCCAGACAACAUCUUGAUCACCGAGAAGUCGGGCACCCCAGUUCUCAAGGUGGCUGACUUUGGGCUCAGCAAAGUCUGUGCUGGUCUGACGGCUCGAGGAAAAAAGGGUGGCCAUGAGAACAGAAAUGUGAAUGUGAACAAGUACUGGCUGUCUUCGGCUUGUGGCUCUGACUUCUAUAUGGCCCCCGAGGUCUGGGAGGGGCACUACACUGCCAAGGCUGACAUCUUCGCCCUCGGUAUCAUCAUCUGGGCCAUGAUUGAGAGGCUCACCUUCAUUGAUGCUGAGACCAAGAGGGAGCUGCUGGGGACCUACAUCAAGCAAGGGUCUGAGAUUGUGCCUGUUGGGGAAGCGCUGCUAGAAAACCCAAAGAUGGAGCUGCACAUCCCUCAGAGGCGCAGGACUUCCAUGUCUGAGGGGAUCAAGCAGCUCCUGAAAGACAUGUUGGCUGCUAACCCGCAGGAUCGACCUGAUGCCUUUGAGCUCGAAACCAGAAUGGACCAGGUUACAUGUGCUGCUUAAAUUCAGGGCAGGGCACUGCUGUGCUUUGCAGCUGGGUUUAUUUACCAGGGACCCAUCAUCUCCAUUACGUGCAACGAGGGGCUGUGAAGAUAAGGGAUGGUGACAAUAUAAAAGAUCCUUGGUCUUCAGGAUCUCUGGCAAUGUGAAAUGUUUGGGUGUUAACUUUGUUUUGUUGGUGAGUGGUGUUCUGGGGGCGCAGGGGGGCUGCAGGGGCACAAGCUGGGCACUUAUCACACUCACCAGACUAUUGAAUGCGAUCCAGAGCACAGAGCUGCCCUGCCCAGCCCUCCCCAUGUCCCCCCUGCUCUGCAGUUGGUCUUGAUAGGAGUUAAUAGACAGCUGUGGUCUGCUGUCAGACAGGAUUGCUGAGCCCAGCUGGGCACUGGUUGGGGGGUUUAUUGCUUCCACCAAGGAAAUGGGUUUGCAGUUGGAAUGCAUUGCUUUAGAGGUGAGUCUUAUGGACCGUGUGUUGCAAGCAGUAGAAUGUUUUCAUAGCCAGGCAGCUUCUGGAUAGGUGCGUGCUGCCUGGACUAGAAACUGCUGUUAGGUAUAGAGUAGCAUAAGCUGGAAAGGCACUGGGGAGUCAGCAGUGCCCUGCGAGGGGCAGACCCUUGUCUCCCUAAGCUGGGUGUCACUAAUGGUGUUUGUUAGGGACACAGAGCUAAUGGGGAGUGUGUAGGUACAUUCUGUCUGCAUACAAGAGAAACUGAAAACAAUCCACUACUCUGAGCCAUUUGAUGCCAAGCUUCAUUUGUGAGGAGCGGUGCUUGGGAGGAGGUUUGGCCUCAGUGGCUCUUGGGCUGGAUUCUGGCCUGCUGUAAAACACUUCUUCCUGCUAGAAAACUGUCUCAGUAAAGCAAAACGCUGGUUGUGGUCACUUGGUUGCAGUCAGUACAGCUCAGGUGAGGAGGCUGGAACCUCAGGCCGAUCAGUUAACACUCGGUCUCCUUGCCUAUAUUGUAGCAACACUUAACACUCUGGGGCUAUGCUGCUUGUCCUUAGACUUUGCUGGCUGUAAAUGCAGAAUACAGCACCACCUCUUUUCCAACCUCUGGGGCCUGGACAAGCUAAAAUGCUCCCUGCUGAGCUGACACUGUCAGAACCAGUCUGGGGAGCAGCAUCACUGCCAUUGCUCAGCCCCCACAGCACCAGGGCUCAGGCAGAAGUGGGUUCCUGGGGUCUAAUUGCCCCCCAGCUGUUGGCACUGCCCCUUUCCUGGGCAGGGUUGGAUGGCCCCACUCAUGCCCAGUAUUGCCCCAAGGGCCAUAGUGAGCUGAGAACUGAUCUCUUGUUCACAGUACAGUGUUAGUGCCCUAUUCCAUUCCUCCACCCAAUAGAGCUUUUGUUGCUUAUUGACUGUUACAACCCAUCCCUGGCAUGAACUGGUGCAUGCAGAAGGCUGUACCCUCCCAUCCCACUCAUGGGUUACGCUUCUGGAAGGGCCCCUUGCUGGAAGAAAUGAGCUUCCCAGCAGGAGGUCUGCAUGCAGGGCAUGGAGGUGGCAGGUGAGCACUGGGGAAGUCCCCCCCCCCCACCCUCCUGGCCCAUGUCAGGUUUGGGCCAUUCUCAAACCACACGUCUUCACCUCAGCUUUUGCAUUUCAGAUGUGUUUGUAAAGCAGCUUGAUGUUAGCAAGCUAGACCGUAGUGCCUUACUUAGGAGUUAGCAAACACUUCCGAGGAUGAGCCCUAGGCUGCUAAACUUUGGCCAACGUGGAUGUUUCCCUGUUAAUUUGCCCUUUUCAAAACAUUUCUCCCUGAUGAUUUUGCUGCUGUUUGCGCUCGAUUUCCUGGACUGUAGAUGAAGCUGCCUUGUGUUUACAGCUCCUAGCACCUCUCCUCCAAUUGCUUUAGCCCAGACCAAACUUGUUCUAUAGAACGAGGUGGCAGCAUCAGGUGUCUCUCCCCACCUGCAUCUGUUGAGCAUCUCCUGCAGGCUGAACCCUGCAGGGGGAGUUUUUGGCAUUGGGCUGCAUCGCUGGGAAUGUUCAAGCUUAGGACAGCAACUCCAAGGCAUCCAGGUAUGGAGGGAGAUGCUGUUAUAGGGGGGGGACCAUGUGCCCUCCUGCUGCCCUUUGGGUGUCCAGGCUGAGCCCAGCGCUGGGGGUGAUUGUAUGAAACUGUUUACUUCUGACUGCUGUUUACAAGAGGGAGGUGGGGUAGGGGUGGGGGUACAAGCCAAGCCUCAGGAGGAUUGGGAAACACAUUAUCUGCACCAGCCUGCAGCAGGGCCGGCUGUCAGCACCGUGUGGGUGUGCUGGACUCUGCAGGCAGCGUGGGUCUAUGGAGAGGAGGGCAGAGGGGUUAGGUGAGCUCCCCCGUGCUGCUGUGUUUGAGGCUCAACGGUGCUAGUGACAGAUAAGAAUUACCCCCACGGUCUUCCUUUACUCCUCAGGACCCAGCUCCUUCACAUAUCAGAGGCUCCCAGAGCCUUCCUGGAGCAAUAAGAUUUAAAACAAGCAUUUACCAUCGUUGUGGAAAUCCUCCGUUGUGUGCGUCGUAUGUCUCCUCUGUAUGCAGUACCGAGACUGGGUUUAAGCCUGCUGAAUGCCAUGGGAGGAACACGACAACGUGACAAUGCCACGUCCCAGCUAUGGGACAUGGGGACACCUGCUCCCCAUUGAGGGCAGAAGGCUCAAACCCAGACUCCAAAGUUAAUGGUAUUAGUAAAUGGAUCUGUAUUACUUCCUUUUUGUUUUGUUGGUUGGUUUUCUUUUUGCACAGAAGCUGGUGAUUUAGGACCUACGUGUGAACAACUUUAUAUGAAUUUUUUUUGUACUUGGUUUACUCGGGUUGGUAUGAGACGUUCUAUUUAAGUUGUGAACGCUGUGGAUGCCCUGAUGUGUAUGAGUGGCAGAGGCUUUGUAAAUUAAGAGACGUUUGUGUGAAUAAAGCUGUUUGAUGGGGUUGAAAAGUCACACCAUA